AAAAAACAAAAACAAAAACAAAAAAUAGAGGAGCUGUAAGCACAUGGGCUUGUUGUCUUUCCCAUUUCCAUUUCUAUCGUCUUAUUCUCUACAACCAUUCUCUCUCGUUUUCUCUUUCCUCGCCACGAUCAUCUUUACCCUCACUGCCACCACCACCUACCUCUUCUCCUUCAUCCUCCUCUGUUGAACGGUUGAAUUUAUCACCCCCUCUCUCUCUAUUUCUCAUCUCAAUCUCAUUUUCUUUCCAUGGCUGACGACAAGGAAAUGUCUGCUUCUGUUGUGGAUUCUAAUGAUCCGGUCACGGGUCAUAUCAUAUCUACCACCAUUGGAGGAAAAAAUGGAGAGCCCAAACAGACAAUCAGCUACAUGGCAGAGCGUGUUGUGGGAACCGGGUCAUUUGGGAUUGUUUUCCAGGCAAAAUGCUUGGAAACUGGGGAGACUGUUGCGAUAAAGAAGGUUUUGCAGGACAGAAGAUAUAAGAAUCGUGAACUACAAUUAAUGCGAGUGAUGGAUCAUCCGAAUGUGAUUUCUUUGAAACACUGCUUCUUUUCAACGACCAGUAGGAAUGAACUUUUCCUCAACUUGGUAAUGGAAUAUGUACCUGAGAGCAUGUAUAGAGUAUUGAAGCAUUACAGCAGUGCCAAUCAGAGAAUGCCUCUCAUCUAUGUAAAGCUUUACAUGUAUCAGAUUUUCAGAGGACUGGCAUAUAUUCAUACUGUUCCUGGAGUUUGCCAUAGGGAUUUGAAGCCUCAAAACCUUUUGGUAUGCUUCUCCUACCAUGAAGUUGCUGAAGGAAGUUUGUUUGUUUUUGCUUUUUUACUGAAGGUAACGUUGUGUCAACAGGUUGAUCCUCUUACACACCAGGUUAAGAUUUGCGACUUUGGAAGUGCAAAACAGUUGGUCAAUGGUGAAACUAACAUUUCAUACAUAUGUUCACGUUUCUAUCGAGCUCCAGAACUCAUAUUUAGUGCUACAGAAUAUACAACCUCAAUUGACAUCUGGUCAGCUGGUUGUGUGCUUGCAGAACUUCUUUUGGGGCAGCCACUGUUUCCUGGAGAAAAUGCUGUGGACCAGCUUGUAGAGAUUAUCAAGGUUCUUGGUACACCCACCCGAGAAGAAAUUCGCUGUAUGAAUCCAAAUUAUACUGAUUUUAGGUUUCCACAGAUUAAAGCUCAUCCCUGGCACAAGGUUUUCCACAAAAGGAUGCCUCCAGAGGCAAUUGAUCUGGCAUCUCGACUGCUUCAAUAUUCGCCGAGUCUUAGAUGCACGGCGCUAGAAGCAUGUGCACAUCCUUUCUUUGACGAACUGCGCGAACCCAAUGUGCGCCUACCAAACGGACGCCCUCUACCUCCUCUAUUCAACUUUAAGCAUGAAUUAUCUGGGGCAUCUCCUGAGCUUGUUAAUAAGCUGAUACCAUACCAUGUGAAACGGCAAUUAGGUCUAAAUUUCUUGCAUCCAGCUGGGACAUAGAUUCAGUUCAGUAAUGUGGAAGUGAUGUCUACUUGUUCAUGUGUGUUACAUGAAGGGAAUUAUAUCCAGGUUUUUAACUACCACGCAUUGAGGCUUGACCAGCAUCAUUUCUUGGUCUACCGGGCAAUCUCUGUCAGCUGGGUGGCCAGGCUUUCUCUUCUUCCACCCCCUUUCUUCUGUCCAAGUGCCCAUUUAUUUAUGUACAUGUUUGAUAGUAAAAGAUAGGCUAAGGUGAUAAGGUAUCAGAAAGCAGCUGCCAGUAGAGGGAGAAAAUUAAACUGAGGAGAAAUGUAUUUGUAGCUAGGAGAAAGAAAAGCCCGGCGAAGAAAGGGGUUUGGCAAUGUUGUUUGUGGUCAGGUUUGGUUCUUGAUGUCAUUUGGUUUUUGUUGUGGUUUGUGAUUAUGACUGACUUCCCACCUGCUAUUUGUGUAAAGUAAUGUUGUUGCAAUA